AUUGUCAAAAAGUAGCUAACAAUAUUAUUUACAAUUUAAAUGUGUUUGAAUUCCAAUCUGUUAAUAUUGGUUUUCAAUUCAGUUUAGUAUCUGUUUAUUAUUUACACGAAUGGCAGAUCACGAAUUUCAAUUCCCCGCACCAGCAUGUUCAAACGUUGCUGCAGAUAUUGCCAAGAACAGUACUAUUAUAGAAGAAGGUCCAAGGAUUUGUCCACUAUGCAACUCAAUAGUUAGACUAUUUUAUAUACAUUACACUUCCAAAAUAUUAAUGUGUGAAAAUUUGAAGUGUGAAUAUCCAUUCGGAGAUGAUUUCACUAUUUAUGAAAGCGAUGAUGACGGUUACUUCUUAUCUGAACUAGAUUUAUCCAGCAUUAAAUCCAAAAAAGGCAGUCAGUUAGGCAAAGGCGCCAGUCGGAACAGAUGUACAUCAACACAGGGAACCUCAUCAGAACUAUCUACAGCAGAAUGGUCAGAAAUAAACAGAUUGAAUCAAGCAUAUGAUUCUGACGACAGUCUGACCUCAUCAAAAAUAUUCACGAAAAAAUCUAGCCAAAGAAGAUUAGAGAAGAGAGCUAAAAGACAAGAGAACGAAGAAAAAAUUAAACAAAAUGUUGAGAAAAUAAAAGAGUUAAACAAGGUUUUAUUUAGUGAUGAAGAGAAAUUAAAUACCAUACAUAAUGAGAAAUGGUUAAAGAAUUUAUCAUCAAUGCAAUCAUCUUCAGGAGUGAGGCUAGUGAACGAUCAGGAAUUACAGAAACUGAAAAAGGCUGAACGUGUUCCUGUGGGAGAGUUAAAAAUAGAUAUCGAGGCCCGACAGGAUUCUAUGUCCUUGAUUAAAAUAGAAAUUGGAAAUCAACUAGCAAAGAAAUAGAAUAAUAUUUUUUUUUGCAUAAAUAUAAAAUAUUAUAAAACAUAUGGUUUUGGAGGAACCCUGUGUGACAAUAAUAUAUAAUUUUUAUUGUCAAGCUUAUAGUACAAUGAAUGGUGCUAUUAAAGCGAUAUUAUUUAAAGGAACAUGUGUAAUGUAAUAGCUACAGGGUGUAUAUUACAGUAAAUGGAAAGAAAGCAUAUUAUGUAGGUGUGUGAAGUUUAUUUUUUUGUUAGUUAAGACUUGUCUGCUUUUUGCAAUCAUGAAAAAUUGCCAGACACUUAUCCUAACAAUUUUACUCUGAUGCAUUUUCUUUUCUUCAAUGUUGAGUUCAAAGUCAGGUGAUCCAUUAUAAUAAUGUGAGCUUUUGUUUAGUUGUACUAAACAGGGUCAGUCUGUUCUUUAUAGUUCCAACAUGUAACAUCAAAAGCAUUACCAAGUUAUGCCUCUUAAUUUUUAUGUGAGGUGGGAAAAAUAUACAGUAGAUCUGUGAUUUCAAUGUAUCAGUUUGCUUUUAUUUAUUUUCUUUUUAUUAAGAAACAAUGUAUGUUUAUUUUGUCUAUAUAUUUGAUUAUAUGUUCGUAUGUGCUGUGUGUAUUAA